UUUCCUAAACCCCAUAGUAAUGAGUUAAAUUUCUAUCAUAUAAAUUACAGCUUCCGAAGUAUUUUUAACUAGACAGAGUAUUUUUGCAUAGCACCAAUUUUUUGCUAAUUAAUAUUUGAAACCAAGUUUACCAAAUGAUCAACUUCUGUAAACUUUUCAAAUUUAGCAAAAUAGUUGUUCCCUUUUUGUUCAUAAUACUUUUAACAUAUCGCGAGCAUAUCUGUAGAACUAAUUCUGAGUAUAUAAGUUGGGACUCUAACGUCCAAAAACGAUUUCCAACUGCAAUCAUAAUCGGAUCUCAAAAAUGUGGCACUAGUGUUCUACUUCAUUACUUGUCUUUUCACCCUUCAAUUGCGAGCAAUAAGUAUUUGGAAACCCAUUUUUUCGACUCAGUUCAAAACAAUUCAAUUACUGGAUAUAAUUCUUAUCUUCGAAAAGUUCCAUUUUCAAAGAAAGGUCAAAUCACUCUUGAGAAAUCGCCAAACUACUUUUACCGGCCAGAAGUUCCACAAUUAGUUCACGAUUAUCAGAAAUAUCUUCAAGUCAAAUUGAAGUUUAUCAUAGUUGUUCGACAGCCUCUUAGAAGAGCAGUUUCACAUGCAUUUCAUAGUGAAAGACAUGGAAAGUUAAAAAUUACAAAUUUGACAGAAGUUCUGCUGGAACCAAAAAACCAUUAUGUCAGAACUUCUCUUUAUGGAAAAAAUUUGAAAUCCUGGUUAAAUUUUUUUUCACCAGAUCAAUUUUUGAUCUUAGACGGAGAGAAAUUAGCUCGUGAGAACCCAGUUAAAACAUUGCAGCCAGUUGAGAAGUUUCUAAAUAUUCCAACUUAUUUUACGGAAUUUGACUUUUUCAUCAACACAAACAAAGGAUUUUACUGCUACAGAUAUUUAUUAUUUUGCUUUCCUACUAAAACAGGCCACAAAAAGUACCCUCAAAACGUUACAGAAAACGGGAUUCAAUUUUUGAAUUCAGUUUUUGCAGAAGAUCUCAACUUAUUUUCCCAACUUUCCGGAUACUACUUCGACUGGAUGCAAAAUUGAAUGAAAAUCAGAAUAGUUGUCAAUAAUGUCAAAACCAAAAUAUUUUAGUGCAGUCUUGACAAAAAAUAAACUGAGUUUGAACUUUUUGAUGUCCUUUGAAGUUGAAUAAAUUCAUGUUUGCUGACAAAUAAUGAAAUUAAUUAUCAAAUUGGAGUUAUAUUUGUCCGUUAUUUUUUAAAUAUGUACAUAAUUUUGUUAAAAAACGGUUCUAGUUUAUGUUUCAAUAAUCUUCCA